AUGCCAUUCCUUCGGGCCCCCACACCGACAGUGGUGUACCUGGAUGCUGACACCAUUGCCCUGCGUAACCUGGAUGCCCUCUUCCUCUGCGACGGUCUCUGUGGUGUCAUGCGGCACUCGGAGCGGCUGAACUCCGGGGUCAUGGUCCUGCAGCCCCAGGCCCAGCUGUUCAGCGACAUGAUGUCGCGCAUCGAGCAGACCCCCAGCUACACCGGCGGCGACCAGGGCUUCCUGAACGCCUACUUCUCUGGAUUUGCAGCCUCCCCCCUGUUUGACCCUGGCAGGGGCCGGCUGCUGAGCGAGAGCUGGGCCCGGCCGCCUCCGGGCAAUGCCACCGGAGGCGCGGCGGCCCGUGUGAGGAUGGGCAGGCUUCCCACAGAGUACAAUGCAGACCUGGGCCUGUAUGUGCUCAACAGCAACCGAUGGAUGGUGCCCGAGGAUGAGCUGUUUGUCCUUCACUUCACGCUCUCCAGCUUCAAGCCCUGGAAUUGGUGGUCCAGCUGGAUCAUAUCGGGGAACAUGGAGCGGUGGCAGGCGCUGCGGCGGCGCCUGCCCGGCCCAGACACAGGGCCCAGCCGCCUGCUGGUCAGCACACUGGCCGCCGGCCCUUGGUUGCUGUUCGCCCUCUUCAUGCGCCGGACCCCCAGCCUGAGUCCCUGCCUCCGGAACCUCUCUUUUAGACGUGGCGCGCCCGGCAUGUCUGGAGCCCUGGCACUGGAAAGGGUGGCGUGCAUGCCUUGGGUCAUCCUGCUGGCCGCACUGACUUCUCUGUGCCUGGCCGUCGGCUUUGCCGUCUGCUUGGUCCCAACCCAGGUGGACCCCAUGUGGGGUUGGAUGCUGGCCUAUGAGUGGAUUGCGGUGUCCUUUGCUGCGCUGUUUGGUGCCAGUCUCUGGGCAGUCUACCAGUGGGGCUUCGGGCUGCGCCAGGCGGGCAACAACAUUUCGUCAGUUGAAGGAGCCACGGAAGCCUUCCAUACCUCGGGCACCCGUAGGGAUGGGCGGCUCUUCCUGGCCGCCAGCGCAGGGAACCUGUGGCAGCAGACGGCGCUAGCAUUUGGCGUCACGCUGGGCCUGCUGGGCAUCCUGCCCUGGUGGAGCGACGUGCUGGGCCUCAAGUCCUUCACGGGCCGCUUGUUCUCCAUGGGCGCUGCCAUCGCGCCCACGACGCUCGUGGUGGGCCACCUGCUGAGCUCGCUGGCCUUGUCCUGGUUCCACGCCGGGCUCAGCAUGGUCUCGCCCGCCUCGCCCAAGCUGAAGCACCCCGUGUGA